CUAAUGAUUGUCUAAUAAUAAAUGUGUAUGUCAACGCUUCGGGGAUGUUCGAUUGCAUAAUGUCAGAUCUGAGAACACUUGGAGGGGUUGCUCAGUUGGAGAAAACAUUGCAAAAUCGGCGCGAGGUGACGCGACAGAUGAAAGCGAUUAUACAAAACCAUCAAGAUGUGAUCAAGUAUUUGAAUCUAGCAAACGAAGUUUUCAGCACAUAUUUCUGUAUGAGUCUCGUGUCCAUGACCGGUACAAUGUCAUUUUUGCUGAUUGCGUUGGUUUGGCUUCGCUGGUACCCAGCAUUAUUUCUGAUCUGCUUGGCAUCCUUUCAAAUUUUUGACAUAUGCUUUCUUGGAACACUACUGCUGCUGAAGGGUGAAGAAUUGGAACGCGAAGUAUAUGUCACAACGUGGCAUGAGCUGGAUGUUUCGGAUCAAAAGUCGUUGAAAUUGCUUCUAUUGGCGAGUCAAAAAACGAAGGAAAUUUCUUACCGAUUCGGUUUGAUGAAUAUGGGCACCUUCGUCCAGAGUCACAAAUUGAUCUAUAGUUUCUUCACCAUGCUUGUAACCACAAAAGAAUAGCUUUUGAUUCUCCUGAUUCAAAUCCAUUUGUUCUAAAUCAAGCGAAACUAAAACACAGUUCACUUCUGAUUGAUUAAAAAAAUGUUCAUUACUAGGCAACAUUUGUAGAAUUGCAAAUCGUUUCUGCUUCAAUGUCUCAA